AUGUGGCACAUCUACCUGCCGGGCGGCGCGUGGUGUGGCUCUGCCGCCCAGUGCGUGGCGAGGAGCAAGACGCUUUACGGGACCAGCACGCUCUAUCCCACCGACCCUGCACCCAACGCGGUAUCCCAUCCGUCCCCCUUUCUACGUCAUUCUCAGCAGCAACAGCAGAAUCAACCCGCCUUCCCACAGCUGGAACCUCAUCUGCCCCUUCGUAUCGUCUCCCUCCCUCCCCUUUCCUCUCUCCCCAUCUCCAUCGCCUCUCCUUCAGGCCCUCCGUCCCCCUUUCUACGGCAUGCUCAGCAGCAACAGCAGCAUCAACCCGCCUUCCUAUCUUCUCCCCCCCUCCCCUUUCCUCUCGCCCCAUCUUCCCCUCAUCCUUCAGGCUCUCCGUCCCCCUUUCUACGCAUGCUCAGCAGCAACAGCAGCAUCAACCCACCUUCCUAUCUUCUCCCCCCCUCCCCUUUCCUCUCGCCCCAUCUUCCCCUCCUCCUUCAGGCUCUCCGUCCCCCUUUCUACGGCAUGCUCAGCAGCAACAGCAGCAUCAACCCGCCUUUCCACAACUGGAACCUCGUUCGUCUCAUCUACUGCGACGGUUGCGGCUACUCGGGCACAGCAGGGAGGGUGGAGGUUGACAGCAAUGGCACGGUACUUUACCUGGACGGCCGGAACAUCAUUCAAGCGGUGAUAGAGGAUCUGAAAGCUAAGGGGGGAAUAAAAUCUGCAUCGCAGAUUCUCCUGUCGGGCAGCUCAGCGGGCGGCCAAGCAGUCGUGUCUCUCUGCGAUCUCAUCGCUGCCGCCUUCCCCUGGGCGCCAACCAAAUGCAUUGCCGACGCUGGCUUCUUUAUCGACUCCAAAGACCGAGUGGGUGGGUACACAUGGCGCGACACUGUGAAGGAUGUUGUUGCUCUGCACAAGCCGAGCUGGCCGGCUUGCCAAGACGCUCUACCAGAGGCCGACCAAUGGAACCUCCCAGAUCGGCGGGCUGCUACCGUGGAACAAUACGUAUGCAUGGGCGUGCUCAGGUGA